AUGUUCAGUGAGGACCGCCGAUUCAGCUGGUGGAUGUGUCUCGGAGAGGGAGUCAAGGUCCGUGGAGGAUCAGAAGUCGCGCCCUUCGGUGACAACGCCAAGCCUAUUUGGGUUAAGCGUGGGCUGCGGGGCCUCAGGAAUGAAUCACCCCCCCGCGAUAUCGGAGAGACAACUGUCUUCUCCAGUGCUGAAUAG